CUAUAUAAGGAGGUAGUCGCCCUGUGGUGAGGUGGUGUCGUCGUCGGUAAAAACAUAAAUUAGGUUCUGUGAGGAAGAAAAAGGAAGGCCAGUAGCGAUGGAGGAAGCUCGAGCAGAGCCCGCGGAGGCCCGAGAGGCCGAGGUCUCCCUCGUCGUCAAGAGCCCCGCGCAGCGGCACCCGGACCUCCUUCUGACGGCCCGGCGCUCUUGGAGCGUCCGCCGUCUCAAGGAUGAGCUCCGCCGACUCCACCCGGACGCGCCGCCUGAAGACGCUCAGAGAUUGAUUUAUUCCGGGAAGUUGUUGCAAGACCAUCUUUACUUGCAGGAAGUGCUUGUUAAGCAGGAGAUGGUGCACGCUUUCCACCUGGUGUGCAACUCAAAGAAUCCGCCAACAUGGCAAGAAACUGAUGUCAAGGUUGCUGAAGCCAAGCAUCAGCCAGCAGCAUUUAGCCACAAGCCACCUCUGCUUCCUUCAGCUCACGCUUGGAGUCAAAGGGAAACCCCCUGCAACCAGCCCCCUGCCACAGAGAAUGAUGGUGAUAGCUCUCAACCAGCACGGCGCUCCUUUCAAGACAUGAACCCUGGCUAUUCAUCAUACACAAGAUAUCACAUGCUGCAGUUAUGGUUCCAACAGCUUUAUGCAAGGCAGUACUACAUGCAAUACAUGGCUGCCAGUGCUGCUUCUGGUGACGUAUCCUCUGCUCGAAGUGCGCAGGAGAUCCCAGUGGCCCCAGUUGCUGCUCCAGCUCCUCUUCCUGGACCAUUUCCUGCUGAAAACCAGCCAGGAAAUCAAGAUAUUCCCCCUCGGGUAAACCCAGGAGUCAAUCAAAACCUUCGGAUGAAUGCCCAGGGAGGUCCUCUGAUGGAAGAAGAUGAAGAAGUCAAUCGGGACUGGCUGGACUGGCUCUACUCGGCAACCCUGUUCUAUGUGUUCAUCAACAUUGUUUAUUUCUACUCCAGUAUGAGCAGGCUUCUCAUGGUGAUGGUGGGCACCGUACUGAUGUACCUGCACCAGGUUGGGUGGUUUCCUUUCAGGCGGAGGCCAGUUCAGCCUGCUGAGAACAAUAUUCCUCGCCACGCUGUUGUUAACCAAGACCAAAACAAUAAUUUACAGCAGGAGGAAAAUCUGGGGGAACAGAGUGAAAUGGAGGCAUCUGACACCACACCAGAGAGUCAGCCAGCAGCAUCUUCAUUUAUGAGCACUGCCUGGCUAUUCUUCAAGACUUUCUUUGCAUCCCUGCUGCCAGAAGGGCCUGCAGCCGUGGCCAACUAACUGGCUGCUUAGCCACACAAAUAGCCAGUCACUACAGCUGUUCGCUGACCAUGGACCGGACAGUGCACCAGCUUGAAUGUUGAAGUGGCCAAGUGUCAUCGGACAAAAAGGAAAUAAUCUGCAUUCAGAAAGCAAAAGACAGAUGUAACAGUCACUAGACCAAAAUACAGUGGUGGUCCAGAGCUCCAAUGAAUUGUAUGGUAGACAUUGAAGGAGGGCCUACAGCAUUGUGUAAUUCUGUACUUAAUGUAAGUAAGACUGUUGGUGGGCCAAGAGUGAGAGAAGCAGAUUGCUUCUGCCAGUGUAACUUGAUUCCUUUUGGAAUGAAUCUGAUGCUUUUAAUUACACUGAGUGUAGUAUCUUAUGCAACCAGUGAAUUGCUAGAUAUGUAUUAUAAGAAUUUUACAGGGAAGAUUUAUGCCAAAAAUAAAAGCCAAUAAUAAAUGUAUGGAGAUGUUUGUGUAAAUAGCUUCCUACAAAAGAGAAAACUGAGCCUAUUAUACUUAACAGUAUAGCAAGACCCCCCCCCCGGGUUCAUAACAAGAACCUUUAUCUGGUUUCUCUAAUUUGAGUAAUCACAUGGAUCCAAGCAUUCUUUCUUGGAUAAAUCUAUUGUGACCUCUCCCAGGCUGUUUUCCAUUAGGGCUUCUGAUAUUCAUUUAGUCAAAAAUUGUCAGCUACUUUUGCCAUCACAUUACAAACUCAAGAGAUUUCCGUGAACUGGAGUUUUUUGCAAGCAAGACUUAGAAAGAUGGCCUCUCUCCCUUCAUGCUGGCGCUUUGGUUGAAUUUCAGGCGUAAACUAAUUCUCUGCAUACUGGUUUUCUGUGUGUUGCAUUAAAAUGUUUUUUUCAAGUCUUCCAAAACAGCUCUCUAAAACAUGCAUUAUGUUACUACCUUAAUAUCUAGUGGUUUAUAUUUGAAACUAUGCAUGUACCUGUGCAAGUAUAAAAAUGAUCCGAGAAAGGGAGUGAUUAGGUACUGAAAAUGUCGCAUUCACUUUUUAAAGCUUGUGCUUUUAAAUAAAGUUGCCUAAAAACAGUACAUUUAGUGCCUUUGGGCUCUGGAGACAUUUUCCCUUUGCUGCUGCUUCUCUUGGAGGCAUUCAUCAUGCUUCCAUUUCUGCUGCCUCUUGGCCUGUUCCUCCUUCCAGAACUCCAUGAGUUUGCAAUGUGAAUUUUUUCAGCUCAGGGAUAACUUUUCUUAGAUGGUCUACAUAUAUGACCAUUGUCCUAUGUAUACAUUGUGAUUUUCAAAUGAUGCUGACCUUUGUAUUUUCACUAUUGCAGAUUGUAAGUUGCAAACCUUCAUAUCUACUUUAUGUUACAAACUUCAUCUGUACAGGACCACUUUUUCUUGUAUAUUAUCUAUUGAACAAAGUUUAACAUGUGAUGGCUCAGUUUUAUUAAACUUAGAUAUUGCUGUCCCAACCA